AUGGCGUGCGCAAAAACCAGUAACCAACGGUUAUCCCAGACGACCAAGCAGGCGGCGAUCUCCCUCCUGCGCUGCGGAGGAGAAGCGCCAGAUCCCUCGAAGCUGGGGCUGAAGGGGCGAUCACCGGGCCGGGACACUCCGGCCAGCGGGAAAGCGGCCGGCUGCGGCAGCUCGGGCGGUGGAAGGCCCGGCUGGGAGCCCCCCGACGGCUGCGGAGAGGGCAGCAGCGGGAGGAGCCCGCAGGACUCGGCGCCAGGCUCCUCCUCCACGCCGGAGAGCGAGACACGUCGCCACUCGGGCCCGUCGGGGGGCGGCCCGGGGUCCAGGGUCCGGCCGCCGGGCCGAGGGCGAAAGAGAGCCCCGCGCCUGUCGGGGCGGCCCUCGCAGCCGAGUCCGGAGGGACUCGGUUGCAGCGAGGGCGCCGCUUCGCCCGCUCCUUCCUUCCAGCUGACCACGCUCUUCCACGUCCGCGCCCAGCCUCCUGCUCGACGCCCCGCUCGGGCGCUCCAGCCGCCUUUCCCCUCUCGCGCUCUGCUCUUGGUGCCGUCGGGGGACGCAUCCCCGCGGAGCCACCCGCCCCGCGCUCGGCGCCCCGCGAGGUCUCCGGUUCUGGCGCUGCAUCCCUGGAGGGGCCGAGCGGGGCUCCGCGCAGGCGGCGACCGUGAGGAGGGGCCCCUUCCUCAGCCACAGCUCGGAUCGCCAGCCGUCCGACGGGCGCCCAAAGCGGGAGUCCAGGCGCCGCUGCCCGCUGCCUUCUGCAGCCGGGCUGCCCGACCCGGCGCUCCGCCCGCGGAGACGGCUGCUGUCUCUCCGCGCCGCCCGCGGAGGGAGCGCGCUCCCCGCUCCCCGCGCUCACCUCGCUCCGCUGGCUCUCCCGCGCUCCCUUCGCGUGGCCCUCCUGCCGCGGGCGCGCUGAAGUCGUGGCACUUUCCUCGGAGAACCUCCCCAGCGCGGCCGCCGCGAGGAUCCCCGCCCCGUCGCCGGCGCCGAAGGAGGUUCCCGGGCUGCGGUUGGUGUCCGGCCCGCCAGUCAAAGGCGCUCCGGCCCAGUGGGGAGACCCGCGGCUCGGAAGUCCGCCCGAGGGGAGGGCAGCCGCUGCCAGGGCAGCCCAGCCGCCAGGCGGACGAGGCCCAGCGCGAAGGAGGCGGCUGCCCGGGACCGAGAAGGAAAGGGGCGGGACGGACCCGGGCCCUUCUUCGCCUCCGCCGACCUCCGAAGGGGCCUGGGCCAGGCAGGCAGCCGAGGGAGCCGGCGGCCCCGACGCUGUCGUCUCCCGGUCCCGAGAAGCCGGCUCCCACGGUGGUCUUCACAGACCCCUUGGUCCCAGCACGCGUGUUGCUCUUGCGCGUUCACACAGCGAGGCACGUUUCUCCAGUUGCACGUGGGGAUUGA